AUGGCGCGCGGAGGGUCAUGGUACCUUCUAUGUCCGUCAAGAUCGCCAACCCUCGCAACUGGAUUUGGCCAGUGGCUGCUGCUCGGCAUUUCCCGCUCUGCGCUGCUGCUAGUGGGCCUCUACUUCGUAGUCGCCGAGAACGAUUUUCUCGAUGCCGUCGUGCCCAACCCGCUCACCCUACUGGAACAAGCUGCCGAGAGCUCCCGGGAUAGUGGCGGUCUGGAGGGGGGUGGAGGCUCUGGGACACGAUGGAGAUUUCCGCGUCGUCAACUUGGUGGAGUGCGAACUACUGAGGGACGUUGUCCUGGUCUACGAUUCGAGGAUGGAAUGCCGACGCUGAGUUUGUUCUUGAGCCGGGAAAGCCGGACGUCAUGGCCAGGCUGAGGUCCUUUCGUGUGGAUAGUGAUCUCUGCGGGAAAUGCGAGAGCACUAUGGGAGGAUCUGUCUAAGAGGAGCUUAAAUCCGGCUCUUGCUGGCAGGAAUCCAAAGCUGUUCUUCUGGGGUAAGAAAGUACUUCUUGUUUCAUGCUUUUGUUCCACGCAGGAGAGCGAUGCAUGUUGGCAAGCCGAGGCAGCGCGUA